UGGCCUGGGGUGGUGUGCUGAGGUGUAAAAGCUGUGUAUGGGGGGUGGGGAGAGUCCGUGAGUGUGUGUGUUAUUAGGGGAGAUCCCAGCCCCGCCUGCCCAGGCCAUGGGGAGCGGCGGUCCAUUGAUCGAUAAGUCAGUCAGUCAGUAGACAUUUAUUAGACACUUGCUGUGUGCCAGGCUCUAGAGGCAGCUUCAAGUCUAAAGAAGCAUCAGGGCAGGGCUGGAAUGGGAAACUAGGGUGGGAGGAAGAAGGCUCAGGCAGGAGAACUCCAUUUCCCAGAAUGCCAGGGUUCUGGCAUCACCCACUCUUGGCAUGUCCUCCUGUGGCAUCCCCAAGGCAUGCUGGGAAUCUCCUGUGGGCAGUCUCAGCACCUGGAAGGCUCCUAGCUGUGCUGCUUGGACCUAUGCUAGGGGAGAGGGGGAGAGGAGGGAGUCAAUGCGCAGGCGCGGCCUCAGCUCUCUUCUCUGUCAGCUGAGACUCUGCUCCCUAAAUCUUGGGGACCCGGAAGACUGGGAUGGACCAGUUCCCCGUUUCUUAGCUUGGGAGCAAGGCGUGGCUUGUGCGCAUGUGCAACAAGAGAGGCGGGGCAGGAGCUCCAUACCACAGGGGAAAUGCUGGGGGUGGGGCGUGUCUCUGAGCGGGUGGGUGUGUCUCCAUCACUUUAAAGAACCUAGAAAAAGGGACAAACCCGGAAGUGUCCCAGUAGACCUGGGAAGCUCCUCGUAGACCAGGAACCUUUGCGGGGCUUUGCUGCGUCUCCCUCGCCCUCCAACCCCCAGGAGAGAAUAAAGCAGCGGGGGGAGGGGCUGGUCUGGGCUUUUCUCCAAAAGGGACAUUCAGGCGCACACAGAGGACGUCUCCCCUGUCGGUACUGCCACCCCCCGGAGCACCCCAGGGUGGUCUCGCAGAGAGCCCGAAGCCAGAGGAAUGGACCCCGGGACCCCGAGGCCCCCCUCCCAGGGGUCAAUAGCAUUCAAGGAUGUAGCUGUGGACUUCACCCAGGAGGAGUGGUGCCUGUUGAGCUAUUCUCAGAAAGAGCUGUACCUGGAGGUCAUGCUGGAGAAUGUGCAGAAUCUACUCUCUCUGGGGCUUCCAGUUCCUAGAGAAAAUUUUAUCUUCUGUUUUCUGCAAAGGGAAUCACCAUGGCUGCUAGACCAAAAGAGCCCAAGGAGCUUCUGUCCAGAGACAGAUACUAAUUUUGAAGUGAAGGAGAAGUCUACAAACCUGAGCGUUUUGCUGAAAGCAUUUGGCCCACAAAAAUGCGUGAAUGAGAAUGUCUCUGACUUCAUUUUGAGAGAAAUCUGUGACUCCAAUAUCAAGGGAAAUAAAAAUCUAAAGAGUAACUGUGAAUUUUUUGAAACUGCAGAGAAAUUCAGCCAAUAUUCAUUCCUAAAUCAGUAUAUGAAAUUGAGCUCAGGAAAUGACUAUUGUCAGGAUAGUGAAUAUAAAGAAUUCUUUCCUUCAGAACUCGAAAUUAUUCAGUCAGUGCAGAAACCUCCUGAAAUGCCCUUUUAUCAAGGUAACUUAGGGAGAGUGGCCUUUGGCUGGAGUUUAGACCUCAUUCGACAUCCACAUAGUAAACUUGUAGAGAUGGUUUCUGUCAGCAGUAAAGUUGGGAGACCUUUCAGUCAGAACUUUGAGCCUGCUGCACAGCAAAUAAUUCACUGUGGAGAGAAACCAUAUGAAUGUAAAGAGUGUGGAAAGACUUUUGCAAAGAGGGACCAUCUUGCUGCACAUCAGAGAAUCCACACUGGAGAGAAACCUUAUGAAUGUAAACAAUGUGGAAAGGCUUUCACACAGAGUUAUGGUCUUGCUGUACAUCAGAGAAUCCAUACUGGAGAGAAACCUUAUGCAUGUAAACAAUGUGGAAAGGCUUUCACACAGAGGGGUAAUCUUGCUGCACAUCAGAGAAUCCACACUGGAGAAAAGCCUUAUGAAUGUAAACACUGUGGAAAGGCAUUCACACUGAGGAGCCAUCUUGCUAAACAUCAGACAAUCCACACAGGAGAGAAAGCUCAUGAAUGUAAACAAUGUGGAAAAGCUUUUGCAAAGAGGGAUCAUCUUGCUGCACACCAGAGAAUCCAUACUGGAGAGAAACCUUAUGCAUGUAAACAAUGUGGAAAGGCUUUCACAGAGAGGGGCCAUCUUGCUGUACAUCAGAGGAUCCACACAGGAGAGAAACCUUAUGAAUGCAAACAGUGUGGAAAGGCUUUCACAGAGAGGGGAUCUCUUGCCAAACAUCAGAGAAUCCACACUGGAGAGAAACCUUAUGAAUGUAAAGAAUGCGGAAAGGCUUUCUCACAGCGGGGUUCUCUUGCUGCACAUCAGAGAAUCCACACAGGAGAGAAACCUUAUGAAUGUAAACAGUGUGGAAAGGCCUUCACACAGAAGGACAGUCUUGCUGCACAUCAGAGAAUUCACACUGGAGAGAAACCUUUUGAAUGUAAACAAUGUGGAAAGGCUUUCACAGAGAGGGGCUCUCUUGCUGCACAUCAGAGAAUCCACACUGGAGAGAAACCUUAUGAAUGUAAGCAAUGUGGAAAGGCUUUCACAGGGAGGGGCUCUCUUGCUGCACAUCAGAUAAUCCACACUAGAGAGAAAGCUUAUGAAUGUAAGCAUUGUGGAAAGGCUUUCAGUCGGAGGGGCCGUCUUGCUGCACAUCAGAGAAUCCAUACUGAAGAGAAACCUUAUGAAUGCCAACAAUGUGGAAAGGCUUUCACAGAGAGGGGCCAUCUUACUGUACAUCAGAGAAUCCAUUCUGGAGAGAGACCUUAUGAAUGUAAACACUGUGGAAUGGCUUUCACACUGAGGGGCUCUCUUGGCAGACAUCAGAGAAUCCACACUGGAGAGAGACCUUAUGAAUGUAAUCACUGUGGAAAGACUUUCACACAGAAGGGCAAUCUUUCUGCACAUCAGAGAAUCCACACUGGAGAGAGACCUUAUGAAUGUAACCAGUGUGGAAAGACUUUCAGAUGCAGCUCCAGUCUUAGGAAACAUCACAGAAUCCACACUGGAGAGAAACCUUAUGAAUGUAAACAAUGUGGAAAGACUUUCACACAGAGGGGCAAUCUUGCUGCACAUCAGAGAAUCCACACAGGAGAGUAACCUUAUGAGGGUAAACACUGUGGAAAUGCUUUCAUACUGAGUGGCCAUCUUGCUAACUAUCAGAGUAUCCACAUUAGAGUAAAGCUUUAUGAAUGUAAUCAAUUUGGAUAGGCUUUCACAUAAAGCUUCACAGGAGCUUCAUGUCAGAAAAUCUUCAAAGGAGAAAAACCUCAUACGUGAGGCUGAGCUUAUACUUGACACUUCUGGAUUAUUUAACAUAAGAGGAUCCAUAGUAGAAAGAAACUUUAGGAAUAUGAUGAAUGUGAUUAGACCUUCAACCAACAAUUCUCUCUUAUUCCCAACUCAAGAAUUCUUUUUCGAUAGAAAUUUUAUUCCUGUUGUGAAUGAAGAAAGACAUUGAAUGGAAAGUCCAGAGCUUUUUCAGUAUGGGAAAAUGUCUUCUGAACAGACUAGGUCCAGAUUGACUCCCUGUAUGAAGGAUUUCAGCCAGAGAUAAUUUCUUACUUCAUAUCAGAGGAUUCAUAGUGCAGAAAACCUCAUGAAUGUGCUUAAGUUGUGUGUGUUUCCCUCAGGAAGAGGGUGAUAAUUAUUAUUUAGAGAAAUGCAAAUUAUAAGAAAUCUGAGGGACCACCCCACAUCUAUUAAAUUGACUAUUGUGAUAGAAAAGGAAAGUGACAAAAGUUGGAGAUGUGGGAAAACUGAGAUACUAAUGAACUAACCAGUGGAGUUGUGAACUGAUUCAUCUAUUCUGGAGAGAGCCAUUUGGAACUGUGUCCAAAGGCCAUUAAAAAAAAAUAAAAAGGGAAAGGACCUAUAUGCAUUAAAAAAAAACAACAACCCCCAAAACUGCUCUUUUGGGGGUGAUAAAAGAAUUGGAAAGUAACAGGAAACUCAUCAAUUAGUAAAUGGCUGACUAAAUGGUGGCCUAUGAUUGUAAUGUAAUGCUAUUGUUUUAUAAAUUAAUGAGAAGAAGGAGCUCAGAAAAACUGGGAAAUACCUGAGAACUGAUGCAGACUGAAUUUAGUAGAACCAGAAGAAUAUUUAUGCAAAAUAACUGUGAAUUGAGCUAUUCUCAACAAUACAGUGAUCCAAAACAAUCCCAAAGGACUCAUAUAAAGUUUCAUCUGUUUUUAGAGAAAGGACUGAUGGAGUCUGAAUCCAGACCAAAGAAAGUUUUUUUUACUUUUAAAGUUUUUGCUUUGUUUAUUGGAGUUUAGUUCCAUAGAGGGAUCAAUAUGGAAAAAUUUUAUAAGACUCUACAUGCAAAAUUUCUAUAAGAUUGUUUAACAUCUCUGGUGUUGGGGAAAAAAAUCCAAGGCUCAAAAUGUUUUUUAAAUGUUGGAUUUUGGUUUUACACAUAAUUGUAAAAAAAUAAAAUAUGAAAUGAUGGAGGUGAAGAUU